GCCUGCGUGCGUGUUAGAGAGAGAGAGAGAGAGAGAGAGAGAGGAUGGUGAGAUCUUCGUGCUGUUGGAGGGCGGGGCUGAAGAAAGGGCCAUGGACACCUGAAGAAGACCAAAAACUCUUCUCCUACAUCCAGAAGCAUGGCCACCCUAACUGGCGAGCUCUUCCCAAGCAUGCUGGACUGUUGAGAUGUGGGAAGAGCUGCAGGCUUCGGUGGACCAACUACUUGAGGCCAGACAUAAAGAGGGGCAACUUCAGCUCCGAGGAAGAGGAGACCAUCAUCAAGUUGCACGAAAUGCUGGGAAAUAGGUGGUCAGCGAUUGUAGCAAAAUUGCCUGGACGUACAGACAACGAGAUAAAGAACGUCUGGCACACCCGCCUUAAGAAGAGAGUCAAGCAGAAACAAGCCAACCACCACCCAAGCAGCGCCUCGGCCUCGGCCUCAGCCUCCACCUCCGCCGCCACGCCUGCCUUGUCCAUCAAUUCUAGCACCGUCAAUGACCCGCCGGAACCAGAAGAUUCGAACUGCUCAAGACCGCCCGGAUUCGAGAGCCCACGGUACGCUCGAAGUUCAUCACCUCCACGAUCUUCUAGCAAAAUUUCUUGCACCUCGGACCCUGUGAUGGCCACUGCGGAACCGAACUACAACCUAGACGUCCUCAUUGUUGAUCAAAACCCGACCGAGUCCAUCGAAUCGGUCCCAGAUUUCUGGUCGGAUCCAAUCUCAGCCAAUUCCUACGUCAGCUUGUCAUCGGAUUUUGCGGGAUUAACCAGUAGUGACGAUCAAGCUCAACAGGUUGAAUUUCCCUUGGACAAAACUCUUAACGACUUGCAAUUUUGGCCCGAAUUCAAAGACGUGCCAUCAGAUUUUGGCCAGGCCAAUGAAGCGCAGCAACAUGAAUUCCCAUGGGACAUGAAUGAUCGGUUUGAACUGUGGAGUGGCGAUAGCAAUUCAAUGAUCGACGACGGGGUUGACUAUUUCUGGUACGAUCUUUUGGUGAGAGCUGAGGGUUCAGAAGAACUGCCGUUCCCGGAAAUUAAUUAGCUCAAAGGGAAGAGAUUCACGCACGACCGGUUCAGCGCCACCCCACUCCACGGCGGCCUGGAGCAAGAGUCUGCUUGGAGUCCAAAAGGAAGAAACUAUCUCGUCAUCGUUAUUUCCACGACAGCUGAAUAGAUUUGAAUUGGAUCGAGGUGUUGUUGACCCAUUUGAGCAUGUCUACGUAGGUGCCGUGCCGUGUAGCGGUUAGAAUGAUGUGACGUAGGAUAUUGGACGAUGAGAAAUUAAAAGAAAAAGACAAAAUAGGAAAAUAUUGCGCAAGAGGAGAAAAUGUGGAAAAUUUGCGUAUUGAUCUCUCGAAUUCAUUAAAAGUCGCCUCAAUUAUCUCAA